CAAGCCUCGAUACGCGCGUCACAAAACUCGAAACACACUUCGAAGCUUCGACACGGAAGGAUACCUCACUACAGAUCGUCCAGAAAAAUCGAAGGUGCAAUGACCCGCCAUGGAAAGAAUUGCACGGCAGGAGCUGUUUACACGUACCACGAGAAAAAGAAGGACACAGCUGCAUCUGGUUAUGGCACUCAGAGCAUUCGAUUAGGCAAAGAUGCUAUCAAAGACUUUGACUGCUGCUGCCUGUCCCUUCAGACCUGUCAGGAUCCUGUGGUGACUCCAGAUGGAUUCUUGUAUGACAAACAGGCCAUUCUUGAAUACAUUCUACACCAGAAGACGGAUAUUGCCAAAAAAAUGAAGCUGUAUGACAAGCAGAAAAAGGCACAGAAGAGCAGCAGCCAGCUUGAGUCCAAGUCUGAGGAAAGGGAGAGAGUGGAGAAGUUUAAAACCAGGGAGAACAGCAUCGUUUCCAAACCCAUCAACCCAUUUAUAUCUGGGCAGAACAACGGAAUUGAAAAGGGCAGGACAGAAGGCAGUUCAGUAGAAUCCUCCACUGUCUCCUCAGCUUCAACUUCAAGCCAGAGCCUUCCCAGUUUCUGGAUACCCUCUCUGACUCCAGAGGCCAAGCCCACUCUGCUCAAGAAACCAAGUAAGGCUGUGUUGUGCCCCAUGUCAGGACGACCAAUUAAGAUGAAUGAGCUUGUCACAGUGCGCUUCACUCCCGUGGACCCAAGCCUGGGCCGAGUGGCCUUGCUCACCCAACAGGACAGGUAUGUAUGUGCAGUAACCAGAGACGUCCUCGCUAACAGUGUUCCCUGCGCUGUUCUGCGACCCUCGGGUGCAGUGGUGACUCAGGAGUGUGUGGAGAAGUUGAUCAAGAAGGACAUGAUUGAUCCUAUGACGGGAGACAAACUGUCUGACAGAGACAUCAUACCACUGCAGAGGGGUGGAACUGGCUUUGCUGCCUCAGGUGUUGACCUCAGUGCCAAAGAGGCUCGUCCAGUGAUGCAAGUGUGAGACAAUGGAGGAUCUGAGGAACGCAUGAACAUGUGUCCAAGACACACACUCCGUUGGCCUGUCAUUUGCUGGCAUGUUUUUACUCUGAAGCAUUUUUUUCCCCACUUAAUAUAAAAGUUAAAUAAAUGGUUGAAUAACUUUCA